CCGAAAUCUCAACUUGAACUUGCUCGCUUCCGCUGGUUCAACCACAACCCUGUCUGAGCUGUCGCAUAUUUGCGCAGACAGCUUCACUUUGAGUCUUUCAUUCUGCCCUACGCCGUGCUCAUCUCCGCCUGACAAUGCCGCCAGUAUUGAAACGUUCCCGCUCGCCGACCCCCGUCCGAGUCGGCCUGGCCGCGGACGGCUUGUCGCCUCAUAAAGACAAAAAGCUUAAACUACUUGCUUCGCAUGCAAUAGCCUCUCCGUUUCCCGACUUUCCGCAUCCGACACCCGCAGAGGCUGCUCAGGUGCACGACGUGCUUUCGUCAGCACACCCAAAUAUAGCCCCCGCUCGCUCAGCACCGACGGACGCAAACGACUCCGCUGGCACAUGUGGGAAGGUGCCGAACGUGCUCGAGUCGCUCAUAGGGACGAUCCUCAGCCAAAAUACGACGUCAAAGAACUCGACCGCCGCAAAGCGCGGACUCGAUCAGAAGCUCGGUCGUAACAACUUCGCUGCAAUCGCGCAGGCCCCGAAGGCAGACGUCGUCGACGCUAUCCGGACUGGCGGGCUCGCGAACAAGAAGGCAGGCGUAAUACAGAAGAUCCUCCAGGAAGUGAAGAAGAGGCACGGCGUCUACUCGUUACAGCACCUCGCGGGAGUGCUUGACCCUGACGCGAAGGGCAAGGCGAAGGCGAGCGGAGAUGUCGUGUCGGACGAAGAAGCGAUGAAGGAGCUUGUGUCUUAUGACGGCGUUGGCCCGAAGACCGCGUCCUGCGUACUACUCUUCUGCCUCGGCCGAGCGUCAUUUCCGGUUGACACGCAUGUCUUCCGUCUGUCGAAGUUGUUGGGCUGGGUGCCUACGAAGGCAGACAGGAUAACAGCCCAAGCGCAUCUCGACUUGAAGGUUCCGAACGAACUUAAGUACGGGUUGCACGUGCUCAUGGUUGCGCACGGUCGGAGGUGCUCGGGGUGCAAAGGCGGGAAUCGAGGGAAGGGUGACUGUGUCUUGAAGAUGUGGUUGAAAGAACACAGAGGCGUAAAGGACGAGGAACUCCCAGAGUUAGUACUGAAGGCAGAGGAGGCCGCUUAACCGACGUUGUCAAUCACGCCCACAGAUUGUUUAUAAUGUAUUAUCCUCGCUUUGCUUGGUUAUAUGAACGUGACUCCGACCAACAGCUUAGCUGCUUGAUUGGUCGUAGCUCCAUUGUGGGUCGCCAUCAUGCUGGAUGGAGUCCUGCAAAUGGAUGUUGUACGAAAGCCCUAGCUCACUGUAUC